AUGUGGCUUGCGCGUGCUUCUUUCCGGGCUUGCUCGGAGACCGCGCGGCGAAAGCCCUCCAAGAAGGAGCUGACCAUUUUGAUCCAGCAGGCCGCAAGCGGCAAGGAGGUUCUCAACAUCGUCCGCACUCAUAGACUGGACGCCAUCCAUGCCGUGACCAGCUUGUGGCGGCUGAGCAAGCUCGAGGAGACCAGUUCCGCAGAGGUCGAGGAGAUGAUAGCUCUAGUGUCAAAGCAUUUGGAUCGGCCUGAGAUGUCGGCUCGUGGGCUGAGCAACACCUUGGUAGCGCUGGCCUACAUGAACGUUCUUCCUGACUCGGCCAGGUCGUUGGCCGAAUCCGCGCUGCGGCGCCUGGCAGAGACGGCGGAGGCCAAUUCGCAGGACGUAGCCAACGCGGCCUGGGCCGCCGCGCAUCUCAAGUGCCAUGGGCGACUUCUGCAGAUGCUGCCGGCGGCGUGGCGGCGCGUCGGCGGCUUCACGAUGCAGGGGCUCUCCAAUCUGGUGUGGGCCUAUGCCACUGUGCCGCCCAGCGGCACUCCUGCCGAGGAAGCGCAGGCAAGAAGACAACUGGAAGGACUCUUCGCGGCCUGUGCGAGAGCCGCGGUGCCGCAGCUGGGCGGCGCCAAAGUGCAGGAGAUGUCAAACAUGGCCUGGGCCUAUGCCAAGGUAAGCAUCGAGGCGCCCGAGUUGUUGGAAGCGAUCGCGCUUGCCGCCGAGCCCAGGCUGGCAGACGCCAGCACCCAGAACCUCUGCAACCUUGCCUGGGCCUUUGCCAGCCUUGGCUGUAAGGAUCGCCUCCUCUCUCGUGUGGCCGAAGAAGCCGAGAGGCAUCUGCCGGACUUCAAGCUGCAGGAGCUCUCGAAUCUGGCCUGGGCAUCGGCCAUGCUCAGGGUGAAGUCCAGGAUCUUCCAGCUGGUGUCCCAAGAGUUGGUGAAUCGGCUCGAAACGCAGGACUCGUCGUGCAACAUCUCAAGCACCGUCAGGAACACCAUGGGCGUGGUCUGGGCCGUGACCUUCGCAGGCGAAGAGCCGCAGCUGGCCGCGCGGGUGCGACCCAAGCUCUUGCAGCUGGGCCGCCAGCUCGACGCGCGCUCUUCCGGUCGACGGAGGGAUCCUCCAGCUCAGCUCGCCGAUGCGGCUAAUGCGCCAGUGGUGGUGCUGGAAGUGGAAGACCGCCUGGUCUUACAAAAGCCUCCUGGUUGGCAGGUGGAUCAAGACAAGUUGCAGACCAAAGCCUCGCAGGGCGAGGCUUUGAGGCUCUCCUCCUUUAUGCAAAUGCGGCCGUACCCCAUCUUCUCAGACAUGGAGGCGUGCUGCGGCUUCUUGCAUCGUCUCGAUGUGCCCUGCUCCGGGCUCAUAGCGGUGGCCAAGACCUACGAAGCGUAUCAUGACCUGUUGCUGCAGAUCAACUCGGGGCAAAUGGUUCGAGACUACGUCGUCCUCUGCCACGGCUGGGUGCCUCCAGAGACCUCGCGCAUCACCGCGCCGCUGUUCUGGGCUGAGCAGACGCGCCUGCCCACGGAGGUGCGGCACUACGGCAAGCCGGCAACAACCAAGGUCAAGAUGGAGACUUUGGAGGGCCGACAGCUGCAAGUGCCCGGGCCUCUGCCCGAAGACUUGAGCUCUGUCCUAGCUCAGCUGAUUCCGCGGAAUUCGGAAUCGGAGCUCGCCUUGGAGCAGUGGCAGUCUGCCAUGCCAGAUUGGGACCAGUGCCAGGCGUCCUGGAGUUUGCCAAAGGUUGCGAAGCAGGCAGCGAAGCGGGGGCCGGGGCCGGAGUUUAAGGCAGGCGGAACCCUGGAGACGUUUUUCGGCAUGAGCCCUCAAGAUGCUGCAGGCAUCUACUACGGAUGGGCGCAGGUUGCAGAUGGCAGCAGCCCCAGGUUCUGCGCCAAAACCAUCGAGCCCUGGAUCCUGCACGACUUUGCAGAAGACUUCUACGACUGCGAGCUUCGGCUCAUGAUCUGCGGCUUUGUGCGGCCUGAGGCCAAGUUCGCGGACUUCAAGGACCUCAUCGUGGCCAUCCGCGAGGACGGAGACUUCUGCCGCGAGGCCCUAGAGGAGCCGAGCCUCCUGUCGCUCAAAACGGACCCGUUUUUCUCCUGA